AGAUUUGACGGUUCAAGCACUAUCUUAUCGAACAUUAGCCUCAAUAUCUUUGCCAUUCGCCAUGGUUCUCACACGUCUGCUGCUCUGCCUGGGAAUCGCCUUCUGUGCUGCACAGGAUGCAAGCUGUGAGCACACUUCGUUAAUUCAAGACCAUGCCAGUCAUGCUGGGCAACGCCUUAAGACUGAGGAGAAAACUGAGAAAACUGACAGUCCAGGGAAGGACGCCGAUGCCGACGCCAAGAAGAUCGAUCAGAUUCGUCCAAGCCUCGUGCAGGAGUCGUCAGCUUCGGCAUCGAAAACGUCGGAGAGUGAUGCACAGAAUGCAGAAAAGGCAGAGAAGGCAAUGGCAGAUUGGAUAGCUCGAGACUUGAAAAGCUUCUGAGCAUUCGUUGAGCACCUGCGAUGUGAAACGCUGAAAAUAUCUG